AUGCGCUUCGUGACCAUCAACGACGACGAGAGUGCGUCCGAGCUCGCGGCCUACUCGAGCCGCGAGAUCCUCUACGACGUCAAGGACGAGCUCGAGCGCAGCGCCGACCCCGAGUAUCUCCGGCGCAAGCUCCACCGCCAGCGCAUCCGCGACUACCGCCGGUCUAAAGUGCUCGAGCUGCAGCACUUGCAAAAAGAGGCGGCCGAGCUCCAAGCGCACAUUGCCCGCCUCCAAACGGCCAAGAAACACGGAACAUCGCGAAAAGACUGUCAACUCCCGUGGCGCGAUGUGGCCAUGGCGCUCCGCGACGCCGCCGACGCGUCGCAAGCGACCAACGCGAGCUUGAAAACCAAGCUGCAAAAGCACCGCGAGCUCCUCCGCGCCAUGACGUCGUGGGUCUCGGCCAUGUCGAGCGUCCAGCGCUUCCCGAACGCGAAUGCUACCACGUGGCGCAACAUUUGCCUCUUCAAGAGCGACGAGUCGCGCCGCCUCGGCUUUGAAUGGAUGACCAACCACAUGCUGCACCACACCAACGCCGUCCUCGAUGAGUGUGCCUUUCCGACUGCACCACUCGAUGCAAUGCACCACGCGGACUACAUGGACUUGCACAUCUCGUGGGACGACGCGGGACGCUACCGGCUCUUCCAGCGCCACCAGACCAUCAUGCACACGAGCUUGGAGAGCAUCACACGUGCCUUGCACCGCAUGUACAUCAGCGACCGGGUCUCGGUCGCCAAUAUUGUCAAGGAAGACCUCGAUAUGCAGUUUCUGAACGACUCGGGGCGGUACAGCCGGACGCAAGAGUGGUCGGCCAACCCACUGCACUUUCUCCGGCGCCAGUUUACAGAACCUGGGCUCCGGUCCAUCAUCGUGGGUCAAAACAUCCUCGAAGACGAGAAGUACCCUGUCGGCAAGUACAUAAGCGACGCCCAAGCCUGGAUUGUCGUGACGCAGCUCGCGCCGGGCGUCAUUUUAUAUCAAAACUACUAUACGGCCGAGCAGCUCCACACCAAAGACGGGGUUGCACUGCCGUUGGAAGAUGACGUGUGGUCGACCGCGCUGUCGCUACACGAGUUGCCCACGCAUGACGCCAAGCAAAGAGCCUUUGAACGCCACAAAGACGGCAUGGUCGACCUCGUCAUGUGGGGGCCGUGCCUCAUCAUGGCCACCAUCGGUGGCGUCGUCGCCUUCUUUGGCGACGUGCUGCUCCUGUAUGUGACGUACCCGUUCGACGGGUCGCCCGUGACCUUUGGCGUCCUCGGCGCGCUCCUCAUGUCGUGCGUCGACAACACGGUGCUGUACAUCUCGUACGUCUGCGCGACGCUCCGCGCGACAAAGGACCACAUGUCCAACCGCUGCAUCAUGUUUGCGAUGAGCCGCGCGGGCGCUGGCUACACGCUGCUCUUGCUGCUCGUGCUUGGCUUCUACAUGGCGUGGUACGGCGACGUCUCGCUCGUGUACGUCGGCUUUGUGCUUCUCGAUGGCUUCAACGUGACCAUGUGCUCGUUUCUCAUUGGCCUCUGGCUCUGCGUGCGCAAGAAGCACAAGCACAUUGACCGCCCGACCGUGCCGACAAAGGUCGAAAAGAUGUGUAUGAACAGCGUCCUCUGGCCGUCCGUCGCGAUCCGCUACGUCUACUACCUCGUGGCCUUUAGCUUUGUCUUUCUUGAGAAAGGACCGCAGUCGACCAACGUGACCAUUGGCGUCUACGUCGGCCUCAACGCGGCGUUCAACGUUGGCGUCGCCUUUGGCAUGCGCUCGUUCCGGCGCAAAGUGCAUCGCGACGCCAAGGCGCUCGAGAAUGCCCGACCUCAGGCCAACGACGAUAUGCCAGUGGUGGACAACGACGGCCCCGCGUCGGACGAGGUCGACGUCGCAAGUGCCGUCGAGAACGACGACCAUGACAACUCUAAUAUUGACGCCUACGGGUCGGACGACGAGGCGUACCCGUGA